AAGGGCUUUUAUAUUUACAAUAACUUCCUCCUUGAGAAAUUAGCAUUUAAAACCUCACCCUUCCACAAGCACGUCUUAGUAUUAUUUAGAAUCAGAGAAGAGUUAGGGGAACAUCUGCAUCCACAAUGAGGAGCCCGCUGGUCUUCCUUCUUUUCCUUGUAAUCGGUGGCAUUUUUGCUUUUGAGACAUGUCCAAGUGACAGUUGUGAGGAUUCAUGCAAGAAUCGCUGUGGUCACAAACCGGACAAGUCUUAUAGCUGCCAGUGCAAUGAACACUGUGAGAGAUUCCAUGACUGCUGCAAAGACUACCAUCUGUGUUUGUAUGUGGACCCUUCUUUAAAUGAAGUCACCCAUCCCUUUGAUGAAUCAGAUAAUGAUAACGAUAAUGAUAAUGACUCUAAUGAAGUAAUCCGCCCUGCUGACAAAAAAGAAAAUACCUGCCAGGGAAGGUGUGGGGAGAAGUUUAACAAAAAAGACUCCUGCCAUUGCAACAAGAAAUGUGAUAAAUUCAAUAACUGCUGCUCAGACUAUAAUAAAUUGUGUGGCGGUGGCAAGAGCGAUACUGUUAGUGACAGUGAUAGCAGCGGCAGUGGCCAUGAGAAGAACAAAGGAACAGAUAUUAGCAACCAGGAGAUAAAGGAAAUCUCAGAGCUGAUGUAUAAAUUGGAUGUCAACAAGGCAGCGAAAUCUGACAUCAUUUUAAACAAACAGAGCAUGGCAGAACACACAAGAAACCAAGAUGAUCUAAGCGAACAGCCAUUAUACCAGUAUGUGAACGAAGAUAUAUUUCAACGUCCAACCUAUAGCAAAUUUAUCAAACUCACAAACAAUUACAUUAGAAAGACCGGUACAGCUGAGACCUAUACAGCAGAAGAAUUAAAGGAGCAUCAAGAUUUCUUAGAGGAGAUCAUGAAGACCAAGCUAAUGAAAGAACUUUACAAUUUUUUCCACAAAAAGGGUCUAUACAAAACAGAGAAGGAAUUUGUCGAUGACUUAGAGAAGAUGUGGUUUGGACUUUACUGCCGCUCAUCAGGAGAAGCAGACUCCAGUGGGUUUGAACAUGUCUUCAUGGGUGAAGUAAAGAAAGGCAAAGUCUCUGGAUUCCACAGUUGGAUACGUUUCUACUUGCUUGAAAAAGAAGGUAUCAUGGACUAUUACAGCUAUAACUAUGAUGGACCGUGGUCAGAUUACCCUGAUCUGCUGGGCCAGCAGUUUCACUGGGAUGGUUUCUAUAAAGAAGUCGGCAGUCAGUUCAUUGGCUCAAGCCCUGAAUUUGAUUUAGGUCUUUACACUCUUUGCUUUAUAUCUCGACCAGGCAAGAAGUGUAAAAUCAGUUUAGGAGGACAUGAACUCGGCAUUCAAACCUACGAAUGGACUAAAACCACUUAUGGAAAUGGAAAAAAGUACAUUGGCACAGCUUACCCUGUGGUUUAAGUUACAUGAUGACAAAGCAGUGAAAUGUCAUAAAUAUGUCAGAAAACCUGGAUGGUACACAGUAGUGUACAUUUAACCAGCAGAAGGGCCUGGGAGUUCCAAUUUAUUUGUAUCAAUUAAUGUGAAUAAUAGUUGAUGUGGAGUUAAUGAAUUUGAAACAUAACCCUGAACCUUAUUUUGUGUGCUUCACAAAUCGUAUGUAACAAGGUCUUCAAGCACCAUUUACAUUACGAGCGGAUCCAUUAUGUUCUCCUUUAUGGUUUUCUUAUGUUGGUUGGAUGGUCUGUUUUUAAAUGAUAACAUUUUGUAUGUAAUGCACUUUGGACAAAAUAAUAAUAAAGACUAUCUGUCUGAGCCUU